AUGGAUUCGGGCUAUCGCGGGCGCGAUGCGCUGUCACUCGCCGCCGAGCAGGGAAACGAAGAGGUUGUCAGGACGGAAUUGAAUGACUCGGCGGAUCCGAACAUGCAGGACGCGCGAGAUGGCCGCUCGCCCCUAUCACGGGCCGCAGAGAACGGCCACGAAAACGUCGUCAAGAUUUUGCUCGAGUUUAACGCCAAUGUCAAUGCUGUUGUUGGAUCCAGUCUCCCAGCAUCAUCAACUAUCCCCGCUCCAGACUACGAAUGGUGGACUCCGUUGCUCUACGCCGCAAAGGAGGGCCAUGGGGCUGUUGUGCAGAUGCUGCUGGACAACGGUGCCAGGAUAGAUUUUUCCGACACGCAAGGACGCACCGCGCUGUCGUAUGCUGCAGAGGCUGGACAGACUGAUGUCGUCUCGUUGCUGCUGCAGAGAGGCGCAAACGCAGAAACAGCAGGCAGCAAUGGCCAAACUCCAUUGUCGCAUGCUGCGUCGAGCGGUCAUGCCGAGAUUGUGCACGCGCUUCUGGAGAGAGGCGCGGCACCAGAUUCUGCGGAUCAAGACGACGAAUCUCCACUGUCGCACGCUGCCCGCUGGGGGCACGUCGAAGCCGUCCGAGCUCUGCUGCAAGGAGGCGCCAACGUCGACUCUUCAGACACCUUCGGCCGCGGUCCGAUCUCGUACGCCGCAGAGGGCGGCCACGACGGUGUUGUCCAGGCCCUCCUUGGGGGCGGUGCCAGCGCCGACGCCGAGGAUGAAGACUGCCGCACGCCCCUGUCGCGCGCCGUCGAAUGCGGCGCCGUCGACGUGGUGCUGCUGCUGCUCCCCAGGACCAACGAUCCAGACCGAGGAUCGACGCUCAACUUUGCGGUGGACGACGAGGCCCUGGUGCGGCUGCUGCUCGACGGCGGCGCCAGCCCGUACUCUGAGCACUACGGGACCGGCAGCGACUGUCCCCUGGCGUUUGCGGCCGAGGCUGGCCGUGGAGAUGUCCUCCGCAUGCUGCUGGCGCACGGCACGGCCGACGACGAGCCGGUCAAGCGGAAGCAGUGCGAGUCGGCGCUUCUUUGUGCGGCGACGGAGGGCGCGGCCUCGACCAUUGAGAUGCUUCUCGCCGAGGACGGCGUCUUUCCACACAAUGGAGAUUCAGCAGAGACGGUAGUGGAAACGGCAUUGGGUCUCGCGCGUAUCCACGGUUACAGCAAUGUCGUUGGCCUUCUUCAAAGACACAUCGGUCAUGUCCAUUGA